AUGGGAUUUUCUGUGCUUUGUGGGAUUUUGUUAUUUUUGCUUUUGGAGCACGGCGACAAACCUGUGUACGCGCGUGAGCGAGAGAGGCCCAGAGUUGAGCUUUUUAAGCGCAAAAGUUCCACGGUGCCAUUUGAAGAAAAUAAUGGCACGGUCAGAGAGCGGGUAGUUGACUCGUUUCGCCUUCCCGCCCUUGUUGACGUGGAUGGGGUGAUGGUUGCCGUCGCGGAUGCCCGCUACGACACGGCCAACGAUAAUUCCUUCAUUGAGACGGUCGUCAAGUACAGCGUGGACGAUGGGGAGACGUGGGAGACACAAAUUGCGAUCAAGAACAGCCGCGUAUCUUCCGUUUCCCGUGUGGUGGACCCCACAGUGAUCGUGAAGGGGAACAAGCUUUACGUCCUGGUGGGAAGCUUCAACAAGUCAAAGGGCUACUGGACGUCACACGCUGAUGGAAGCGACUGGGAGCCUCUGCUCUCUGUUGGUGAGGUCACGAAGUCUACUGUGGACGGCAAGACAACCGCAAAUAUCAGUUGGGGGAAGCCUGUAUCACUGAAGUCGUUGUUCCCGGCAGAGUUUGAAGGAACGCCCACAAAAGCGUACCUUGGCGGCACGGGCGUUGCCAUUGUGGCGUCUAAUGGGAAUCUGGUAUACCCUGUACAGGUUGCGGACAUGAAGAAACGGCUUUCCGCAAGGAUCAUGUACUCCGAGGACGAUGGCAGCACGUGGAAGUUCGCGGAGGGCAGGAGCGAGUUUGGCUGCUCUGAACCCGUGGUACUUGAGUGGGAUGGGAAACUCAUCAUGAACAAUCGUGUUGACGGCCGCCACCGCCUGGUAUACGAGUCGGAUGACAUGGGGAAGACGUGGACGGAGGCUCUCGGCACACUCUCCCGUGUGUGGGGCACCUCACCAAUACCGAACCAGCCCGGCAGCCAGAGCAGCUUUAUUGCGGUGACGAUUGAGGGGAAGCGUGUGAUGCUCUUUACCCACCCGCUGAACUUCAAGGGAUUGUGGCUGCGCGACCGACUGCACCUUUGGCUGACUGACAAUCAGCGUAUUUUCGAUGUUGGGCAAGUCUCCAUUGGCGAUGAGAAUGCCGCCUACAGCUCCGUCCUGUACAAGGAUGAUAAGCUGUAUUGUUUACACGAGGUCAACACUGACGAGGUGUACAGUAUUGUCUUUGUACGUUUAAUUGAGGAAUUGCGUCUCAUCAAAUCCGUGGUACGGGCCUGGAAGGCACAGGACAUCCACCUCUCAAGCAUCUGCACCCCUGCAGAUCCUGGCACUCCGCCAUCAAAGGGUGGUUGCAGGGCCGCUGUCCCCACCGCCGGCCUUGUUGGAUUCUUGUCACUCAGUGCCAAUGAAAGCGUCUGGGAGGACGUGUACCGCUGCGUAAACGCAAGCAUAAUACAUGGAAUUAAUGUGGGUCAUGGUUUUACGUUCAAAGGACGAAAUGCAGGGGCAGUGUGGCCGGUACGCAGGCAGGGGCAGAACCGACGGUACCAGUUUGCAAACUACCGCUUCACGCUGGUGGCGACGGUAACUAUUCACAAGAUUCCGACUCGUAUCAGGCCUUUGCUGGGCGUGAGCCUGGAUAAUUCUGGGAACAGGAAACUCCUGGGGCUGUCGUACGACAAUAAGCUUCAGUGGUGCCCAAUGUAUGGGCCAGCAACUUCUCCCUCAACUGGAUCGUGGAAACUGAACAAAACGUACCACGUGGCACUUGCGUUUGAACAAGGCUUCGGCUCCGUCUACGUUGACGGAGAUCCAUUGCAGGGCUCGGGACAAAUGCUUUCAGGCGUACACUUAAAUGGAAUUGACGUGUCCCACUUCUUUUUUGGUAGAUAUGGGACCAGCGAUAAGGGUGCAGACUGCCAUAUAACGGUGGAAAACGUCUUGCUGUAUAACCGCAGACUUGAACCCAGUGAGGUCCGGACACUCUCUCUCGGCAGAAGCAAGAUUGCGGCGGCCACUGAGAGCAUGUUUGACGACAUCAUCAACCGCCAUGCCGUUGACAUGUCAGCGGCGCCUCCUCUUGGCGGCAGCUCAACCCAACUAACUACACCAUUUCUACUGACUCUGCUCUUGCUAUUAUCCGCGAAUUAG